CGAUCGGGGGGAUGGACUGUCGUCGAGCCAGUUUGAAAUCGAAACGAUCUCAGUCCACGGGCUUUGUAAACGAAUCGAGUCAGGAUUCCAGAUCGGAAAUCCGAUCCUGGAGCUACUUAGAAAGUUUACAUAUCGGUCAAUCUUGCAGAAUUGAUAAUUUUCCCCACUUUCUUCAGUCAUCUAAACUUCAACGUUUUACGACGCGUUUGAGAUUGGUUUUUCUUUAAAAAUGUCUUCUCCUCGAUGGACAAUCUGUACAGUUACUGUGUCGUGUGUUGGGAGAGACGAUCACCGGAGAGGAUCGUGAUCUUUGACACGAAAUCCUUUACGUCAGCCAAGCAUGAAUGGUAAUCCGUUGAUGGAAGAAACGGGCUAUCUAUUCUUCGUCGCAUCUUUAACGAUCCACGGCACACCAUCGCCUAUGUUAUUUCCUCGUAAACCUUAUCCACCGUGAACACUUUUUCCACCAGCAACCAGCCAUUAGAACAUUGAAACUUUGAAGAUUCUUUCCAACGCUCGAACCUCUGCGAAGCGAUUUACAUAAUUAGCCUAAAGUUGCAUCGGCAAGAAAGCAUCCUCGCGAAUUAACGAGUCAUCAGAAGUCCUCGAAGGCUCAUCAGAGGAGACGAUAAAUUGAAUUUCUUCCCAAAUGGAGUGUAGAAGAUUUAUUUCGCUUUCAAAUCGUUCCGGUGGGAAUAUAAAGGAUGGUCUGUUCGCGAAAGCGACACGAAAAGGCUUACCCUGGUGGGCGAUAGCAUUGUUGACCUCUUCCCCUGUUGAAUUUCAGCCUCUCUGUAGUUCACGCGGCUGUUUGCCCGGCCAAAUAUGGCGGAUACCGGUCGAACCACUCGUGUCACCGUGGGCUGCGAGGGCACGCGUGCCUGUGCGUGUGGAGACGAAGAACAGACAGCAGCACCCACGGGCGAAUUCCUGACGUACGAAGAUCGCGAUCGUCCCUCCAUCUCACCGUAUAAGCUUCUUUCUCGAAGAAGAAGACGUUGAUCGUGAAAAUUGUCCACCGGUACCUGGCCUCCAUUUUAGGAGGUCGACGUCUUUUUACGGCCACGAUCGCCACUGGUACGUGUCGAUUGACACGUAAACAACACGUUGAACUCUUCUGUCAGGUAGAAGAGAGGACGAGGAUGACGAGUAGUCGUAGGCGAGGUUCGGUAGUUCAGCUUCAAGGAUUUCCACCUACCGGAUUUACGCAUCUGGUGCGAUCGAUUUCUCACGCGGACUGCUCCACAUCUACGCAAAAAGGGGUAACAUCGCGCGAGGACACGCCUACGUUCGAGCUUCCUGUUCGACCGAUAUCCUGGGAUGCGAUGCGUUCAAUUACCAGCUCGAGGAUUAACCGGCUCUGCCCUUCUCCAAUCGUACGUCUGCUGUAUGUACAGUUAACGUUACGACAGACGAAGGAUGGAUUACGAAUGCCCGUUGCGUCCUCUUCGUCGUCAUCGUCGUCAUCGUCGUCGCACCGGAUUUCCACCUUUUCGAUGCGUUACGUGUCUUACGAGGAAAGCGACAUCGAAUGCGCCAUUUGUCAUCGGAAGAUUGAUCGUUUCCACGAUUCCAUUCAGGAAGAAUCUAUGCAACAAACAGGAAGGAAUUUCCUUCGAUGCCGAUAUCCUUGAUCUAUGACAGGGUAAUCGAAAUCGGUGGAACAGAGAGCACGUUACGGCACUAUAACGCGUAAUUACGAGCUUCUGCUCCUCUUUUAACACUCGGUUAGUAAUGACCUGGAAUUACUGUAAUGCCAAGGAACGUACGUUACGGCAAUUUACAUCGAUUCCUCUCUGUUCCCCGUGGCUUUACGAGACAGUCGGCGAAAAGAUAGCGCGAUAGGUGUAAAGAAGAAAGAAAGCGGAAAUGGAGAACGGUCGAUGAGGGAACAUGAUGUAAAUUCGAGGUAAAAACAUUAUCGACGGUGAAAAGGAUCGCGUUGAAAACGAACGGAAGAAACGUGAGAAACGAAGGGACGGGAUGAAAAGCAAGGGUCACGGACCUCCUCGAAGAUCUACGGAUUUGCUUCGGUAUCGCGGCGUUAUCCGAUGCAGUAAUCUCGAAACGAAACAAAGAUCGUCACGAAGAUCCUAGCCGCUGAACCAAAGGGAAUUAGAAUCGCUUCGAAAAAGGAUGGAGGGGUAAGGGUGGUGCAUCGCGAUCGCGAAAAGGGCGCGAUGGAAUUGCGAAAUGGUAAAACGAGCUGGAAAGGGAGAGACGUAAGGUCGCAGGGCGGGAACAGGUCGGCAUCGAGCUCUUGGUAAACUUCCUGAGAUCUUAAUCUCCGUGAAGCGAGCAUAGGCGCAGAGGGACGAGAGGGAAAGUGGGAGAGAAGAGGAAGCGAAACGCGAAGGGAAAAGUAGAGAGCGGAGGAACGGAAUUCUCAGAGGCAGGAUGGUGCGUGCUUCGCGGAUUUAAUGGCGGAAAAGAGGAAACUCGGAUAAGGAUUGCGAGGAUCUUGUAGCUCGUAGCAACGUUCACGGAACGAACACGAUCACUCUCGAACGAAACUUUUACUCGAUAACGAAAACGGCUGUCUAUCGACGGCAUAAAUUACAAAGACAAUGGUCGGAUGCCAUUGUCGAAAAAACUGCGCUCUGCUCGUUGACGUUGAAAAAGCGAAACAGGAAAUCGUCCACGCGUCUGACAGCCGGCUAAAUGAAUGAUACGGUGGACGGGAAGAAAAGGAUCUGUCGCGAUAACCAUCGUGUAAGGUGGACGGUGCGGAUCGAAACGCGAAAAGAAGAGCUACCAGAGGGAAGAGAGAAAAAAAAAUGGAAGAAACACGAACGAUUCUCGGCAUGGCAGUGGUCGGGGACCGAGGCUCUUUGAAUCUGCUAGCCGAGAAAGAACGAGUCGCGAAGGCUUCGAGGGUAGAGUAAAAAGAUGUGGACGUCGAGAAUGUGCAAAGCAAGGUGAGAUGUUCCGAGCAAUGGAUGGAGGUUGACAUCGUGAGGAGUAGUCCGCAGGCGAGGAUAUAUCUGCAGCAAAUGAAAGACUUUCCAGACGAAGCUUGCAAACCGCAACUGAACAAUGGCGUCGCCACGUUUCGAUUACCUCUUCUGGAACAGGACAUGUUACGAUGCGGUAUCACCAGGGUCGUUAACAAAGUCACGGGUCAAAAGGUGUACUUUCAUCGUAUAAUAGUGGAGGAGCCAGCGGAUUCCAGUAAACACACGUUCACGGUAAAGUGUGUUAUCACCGAGGUGGUUGUGAAACCUGGAAUUUCGAUCGUCGCCAAUCAUACCGCGGUUCGACGAAGCGUCCUUCCAGCAGGAUUUCAGGAACCCGACGUGAUCGACAUCAGGGAUGAAAUCUCCGAAUCGGCGCCGGUACCGAUUUUGGGAGUCGGUGUCAGACAAGGAGGAAAUCUGGUCACCGGAGAAUUAAACGUCAGUCCAGGAACACCUCUGCAAAUGGAAAUCUUUCUGGACAAUGGAUCCGCGCCAGUGUACGGAUUACUGGUUACCUACAUGUUGGUCACCGACACUAAGUCUCAGGAAGAAACUAUAAUCAUUAACGGCUGCUCCGUGGAUCCGUAUCUCUUCGAGAACUUCAACACGGUGGACGGCGACUUCCUGACGGCGAAAUUCCGUGCUUUCAAAUUCCCGGAAAGCACUUACGUUCAGUUUCGCGGUACCGUUAACGUCUGUUUGGACAAAUGCCAAGGGAUCGAGUGCAGCAACAAUCAAAUAGGAUUUGGGAGGAAAAGAAGAGCCAUAAACGUGUCGAAUACCGAUAAGAACAAAUUGUUCGAAGUGACAAUGUCCGCUUUGAUCAAAGUCGAUUUCGAAGAGGACGCUGUGGUGGAUAAAGCCUUGUCUGAAAUGUACAUCAGAAGAGGGAAGAACAGGACGAAAGCGAGAGCUGUUAUCGCCGAAGAAGUCCGAGAACAACCGGCUCCGACGACCAUCAGGACCGAAGAGAGAGCUUUCAUAGCGCAAGAAGUCAAAGAACAUUUCAAGUACAAGCUUACCGAGACGGAGACGAGUGGUUCGUCGUGUAGAACGGUGACCUUACCCCUUCUUUUCCUCCUCCUCUGCCUCCGCAAUUUUCUGUAAGUUUCAGGAGGAACGAUUCAGGAGCUGACAAACGAUCGCUAAUUGUAAAUAGAACGCAGAGCUUGAGAAGCCGGGGAAAUUCGGGACGCAAGGAGGAGAAUCGGCCGAAUUUCUCGCCGGAAGUUAGUAUAAUUCUUACUCUGUUUACUUAAAAAGAAACGGUGACUAUCGAACACCUUAACGUCACCCACUUUGUGUGAUAUCACGACAUGACCGACUGCCUCUUUCGCUUAACAUUGUUCGAAGCUUUCUUAAAAAGUUUCGAACAAUGUUAACUUCCAAGCCUCGAAAAUGUCAGUGGAGUUUUCUGAAAAAUACAUGAAAGAUCAAUUUUGCAAAGAGAGAUGGCUCGUGAGAUUUCUCCGCUCUGCGACCGCCAGAUUUUCGCUCGUUCCCUUUCCUUUAUCUCUAUUCCGUAUCAUUUUUUCGUACUAUUACGCCCCUUAGUUGUAAUGCUCGCGAAUAACUAUACAAUAUAACAGAGCCGUUAUGCUGCCAGAAGAAAAUUGGCCUUUGCGAGCGGAGAAUACCGAAGAGACCUAGUCGCGCGACGAGGUGUAACAAUGCUAUGUGACUUAAGCAACUUAGACAAUUACGAGGUAAUUAAUCGCUGCUACGAUCCCAAUAUAAUUAUAACGGAACGCGCAAGUGUAAAAUAACUCUUAAUAAAGCGACAACGAACGCGUGGAGGACGCGUACUAAUUACUCCGCCUCUGUGAAGAGGUAUCUUAAUUUUAUAAUCGCCUAUGGAGAGAAAGAAAGAAAGAAGGUUAAUAAAGAAAAUGCAUA